UGUGACCGUUGGGUUGUCUAUCUGCAGGCGAAACAACCUGUUCGUCGAUUGCCUAUCUGUACGUAACUGCCGUCAUGUGAAUACAAAGAAGCGAGAAAUCGAAAUAAGCUCGACUUAAACAGAAUAAUGCCUACCUACAAGUUGACUUAUUUCCCUACUAAGGGCGUGGCGGAACCCAUUCGCUUUAUACUGAGCUAUGGAGGUGUCGAUUUCGUGGAUGAUCGCUUCAAUCGCGAAGAUUGGCCCAAGUUGAAACCCUCAAUGCUAUUUGGACAAGUACCGAUCCUGGAAGUCGAUGGUAAAAAGAUCAAUCAAUCAACGGCAAUUUCUCGUUAUUUAGCUAAACAGUUCGGAAUUGCUGGUAGAAAUGAAUGGGAAGCAUUAGAGAUCGAUGCUAUUGUUGCCACCAUUGAUGACUUCAGAAGCAAAAUUGCAGCUUGGCAUUACGAAACUGAUGAAGCGACUAAAAAACGGAAAGAGGGUCCAUUGUUCAAGGAAACAAUCCCGUUCUACCUUGAAAAUUUGGACGCCCAAGUCAAAAAAAAUGGUGGAUACUUUGUCGGUGGUGCUUUAAGUUGGGCUGAUCUCUUAUUCGUUGCUAUGCUCGACUACAUCAAUUUUAUGGCAAAGACAGAUGUUAUCGGGAAGUAUGAAAAUCUAAAGCAACUCAAAACGAAGGUUCUCGAUUUACCGAAAAUCAAAGCUUGGGUGGAAAAGCGUCCACACUCUGACAGUUAACUAAACAGAUGAUCGCUUAGGGAUUAUUCAACAAAUACUUCCGAGUUUUUAAAAGAUUUUUGAACAGAGAGAUUGCUCUUUUAUCGUCGCUUUCUCUCAUUCAAAACUCCGGUAUUAUAUUUUCAGGCAAUAUCAUGUGGGAAAAUUUUUGUGAAAUCACGGAAAAUCUUUUCCUGAUUUAAUUGCAGUUCGCAUUGCAAAGUUUGCGGUAAAAAACAGAUACGAUUUUUCCUGUAUCGUCAUUGAUCGUACACGACCAUCAUUAUCUCGAGGCACUUGGUUGUGACGAAAACAAAAAAAUUGUGCCCGAAGUAUUUUGGAUUUUACAGAAACUGUAGAACUCGCAUAAUCUGUGUAUUUUACAAUUUGGGAAACAAAACAUUGGCAGCACUUCGAAAAA